AUGAUCUUCAGUUGCGGCAUUAGCGGCAGUUCUCCUGGACGAAAGCUAAUUGUCUCUGAAAGUCUACCGGAGACACUUCGAAGCAUCUCAUCACAAACGUACCGAUCCUCACCGGCAUCGGCUGAAUCCACCGGCUCAUCACCGAGCCGUUCGAGCUCCCCGGCUGUACGAGUCGAGGAUAUUGCUACUGGAAAGUGGACCCGCAUUUCGAGUCGUGUGUCUGUACGUCCCCUUACUCCGUCUGAAGCAGAAACUGUGUUUGAGCGACAACGAGGACGCCGGAAACGUCAUUCUUCGACUUCAAAAGAGAGAUCGAGAAUGGAGGACCACGACGAGACAAGAAGCAGCAUCGACGCCGGAGGAACGAUUCAUAUUCCUUCGAGCGAUAGUGUGAAAGAGUUAAUUCCCGAAAGUCCGGGUUCACGUUCAAAUUAUGGCGAAUUUUACUGGGAUGAGUUCUCCAGGGACACCUCGGGCGAGAACAACUACCAUCAUACAUCCUCGUUCGAAGAUGAUCUUCUCGAAUUUGACCGAGGUGCAGCCGUCACACGGCUCGAUCGCACUCAAGACGAUCUGAACAAGUUCCGACAGCGCAUCGACAACAAUGUCGAGCAGCAGAAAGAGUACAGUGAGAUGAUGGCAGCGCUGCAGAACAAGGUACAUGAAUAUCGAAAACACAUCGCUGAACUCGAAGGGAAGAUGGUCAGCGCCAGAAGAAGACAAGCCGAUGACGGCGGAUUCACUAUUCUCGACUCGAACAUGUUCCAGGAUACCACUAACAGCUUCCGCGAUAUCGAGAUGUGGAGUCCAGCACGCACUCGUGGUGGAGCAACCACGAAUAUCGUCAUGGCUGGUGAUCCGAAUGCCAACUAUGAGAUGAUCGCUCGACUUGACGAGGAGCGCAGAAGGGCUGACGAGUAUCGUAUGCAAUGGGAGAACGAGAGAGCCGCCAAGGAGAGAUUGGAGGAUGAAAAUGAGCGGCUUCGACGAGAAUUUGACCGCUACGAUCGCGAGUAUCGCGACAAGGAAAGGACGUUUGUGAACAGGGAAAGGAAUCUCGCUCAAUAUCUAAGUGAUGAGCAGAAAAAGAUGAUGGACAUGUGGACGGAACUGCAACGAGUUCGUAAGCAAUUCGCUGAACUCAAGGAUCAAACGGAACGCGAUUUGGAUUUGCAACGUGUUGAAUUCAAUCGCGUACUUAGAAGCGUGUCAAAUAUUACUCGCAACAUUACUGUUUCUGGAGGGGAUGCAGGAUCCGCAGGAGUGAGUGGUCCUUCACUUGCGGCACUUCUCACAGAUCUGAUUAGCGGAGGAAGUCAUACGACCACGUAUGACAGUACUAUUAUCGAAGCUGUUAAACGGUAUCGAGACCGCGCUGGUGCUGCUGAUGCUGCUGCCGACCGUUCUCUUCUCGAAGAGCUCAAACAGAUUCGUGGUACUGGAGGUAGUGAGGGCGAUGCGGAGCUGCAAAAAGAACUCAUGCUCAAGUACGAAGAAUCCAUCGAGCGGAACAUCGAGCUCGAGUCGAAGGGUGAUGAAAGCCAGAGGAAGAUCGCCGAUUUGGAAGCUGAACUGCGACGUGUCAAGGAGAAAUUCAACGAUGCUACGAACGCAUUAAGAAAAAUGCAUGAGAUCAGUCAGGAUUCCGACAAACUGAUUGAUGGAAGCAUUAAAAGGGCGCGUUCGUUAUCGCCUGGCAAAUCGCCGUUGCCUCCAUCCGAAGCGCUACGUUCCGUAAGAAACGCGUUACGCAAUAAGGAUAAUGAGAUCCAGCAAUUGGAGAGGAAGCUCAAGAUAUCCGAGAGUCAAGUAAAAGAGUUCAUGAGCAAGUUCGAAACUGCCGACGACACGCGCCGACGUCUGGACAAACAGCUCUCGGAUGCUAAGAGAGAAAUUAGCAACCAACAGAAGAACAUCGAUGAGCUGGAGAGGAAUCUGCGUCGUGUCGAAGACAAACUUCGCGCAUCGGAGUCGGAGCGCCAAGCGGGUGACAAAGCGAGGAAAUUCCUCGAAGAAGAACUUGCUAAGCUUCAAGCCUCCUAUCAAAAAUCCACAACAGAUGAUGUACGCAAGAUUAGGGACGAGCUGGAUGAACAGGCAACAAGUAUCGUUGAGGAGCAUAAGACCAGAAUCACUGAGCUCAACAGGCGCAUUGAGAAUUUGCUCCGCGAAAACAGUAAACUCAAGUCUGAAAUGGCUCCUCUGAAGGACAAAUUCCGUGAUAUGGAGAACGAGUACAACAAUACUGUACGCAGACUUGACGAGAAGGAUUCGCAGAUCAAAUACAUCGAAGAGAUUCGCCGGAACAUCCAAAGAGAUUUGGAUGAGCAACGAAAUCGUAACGAUGUGUUAGCUACAGAGCACGAUAAGCUGACCUCCGAUCUGGAUAACGCGCUCAAAAGUGCACACCUUGCUGAACAGCAACUCAAAGAACUUAAAGGACAACGUGACGAUUACCAGAAACAAAAAGAUGAGCUGUCACGUCAGCUGUUCGAUAUUCGUCAUAAGUUCGAAACCGAGCGAAAAACAAUCCAGGACAUGACCAAAAACGAAGGGCGAUUCAACGAGGAAAUCGAAAAGCUUAAGCAGACCAUCGACGACUAUGAGCGACAGGUCAUGCUACUGCGUCGACAUAACGAUGAGUUCGAUACAACGAUCAAGAAUCUCCAAGGGAAGAUUACGCAGCUUGAGAACGAGAUCCGAUCCAAGAACAGCGAAGUCGAAAAGCUUAAUGAUCUCAAUCAAAAGCUGCAAAAAGAAAAACAAGAAAUUAUGAACCAAAAACACAAAGCUGAUGCUGACAUCCAAACUCUUAAGGAGACAAUUCGAAAAUUAGAACAGGAACUGGAGAAACUUCGCAAUGAAAACAAAACCCUCGAGGUAAAAGAGGAGCGUGCUCGAGAUUUGCACAAUCAACAACUGAACCGAGCGAAUCUGCUAACGAAGGAACUCGAUGAUGCCAAAAACGAGAUUAAGGAUCUAAAUGAGAGAAUCAGAGUAUUGGAGCAGGAAAUCCGCGAUUUGCGCGACAGGAUUAAGGGAGUUAAGGACACUACAAAGAGUAGAACCACCACAACAACUAUCACAAGGACGAUUCGUCAAGGACCUGGAGGGGAGACAAUCGAAGGUGAUGAGGUUACCAUACCUGGAUCAACAGACACUGACCGCACUAUUGAUAGAUACCAUGAUGAUCUCCUUUCUGAUUUGCGUGUCAAAGAAAUUAACGAUAAGUGGAAGAUGCAGCUCGAGAAACUCGAGAACGAAAAGGACGACCUGGAGCGUCGCAUUCGCGAAUUAGAAGACGAGUUGGCACAGAUUGGACGAGGAAACGAGCGUCAGGAGAACGAUGUAUCAGAGUUGAAGCGCAAACAUGCCAUCGAAAUCGACAAACUUCGCACCGAGAUCAGUUCACUUCACGAUAAGCACCUUAGCGAUCUCGAUGACGAGAAGGAGCAGUACGGAAAGGCUGUUGAAAACCUCAAAGUUGUGGAGGAAGAUCUUCGCGAAAAAGUACGCAACUUGGAAAAGCAACUCGCCGACGCUCUUAAUAGAGAAAAUGACCUCGAGCGCGAGAAGCGUGACAAUGAAGCUAAGAUUACCACUUUACAAACACAAAAUCAAAAGAUGCGCGAUGAUAUGGAGGAUCUACGUAAUGAGAUGGAUAAGGAAAUUCAAAAGUGGAAAACUGACGCGUAUCAAGUGCGAUCAGAGGCGAAAGCUCUUGAAACUACCAACACUGGGCUUAAAGCUCAACUUCAAGCUGCUAACGACCGUAUUGAACAUCUUAAUAAAGCGGUCAACGAUGGUACUGCUAAGAUCCGUGACUUGACGUCACAAGUUCGCCGACUCGAAGAAGAACUCACUGAUACUAAAUCGAAUCUCACACAGAAAGAAACAGAUCUCGAAAGUACUAGCAACAGACUGCGAUCACUUGAAGAACAAUAUGCUCAACUACAAAUUGAUGCUAAUAAAUGGCGAAGUGAACUGGACGCUGCACUAAGAGAAAAUGAUGUCCUCAAGAGUUCUAACGCUAAUAUGGAAUCGGAAAUUAAUCGGUUGAGGAAUCGUCUGAAGAAUGCUGAGGACACGUUGAAAGAGUUGAAGAACAGCUUAAAUCAUCUCAAAACUGAGCGUGAACGCCUACAGAAUGCAUACAGGGAUAAGGCGAAACAAGCGGAUCAUCUUCAACAACUCUCUCAACAAUUCGAUUCGAAGCUUCAGAAACUUCGUCAAGAAUUGCAAGAAACUUCCGACAAGCUCAUAACGGCCGAUUCUGAACGUACAACAUUGCGCAAUGAACUCGCCAAACUUCAACAAGAACUCAAAUUUGGAGCUGAACAAAUGCAACGAAAGACGGACGAGUAUCAAUCAACGCUUGAUGAUCUAGCACAUGCGCACAGAGUUUCAGAAGAUGGCCGAUUAAACGCUCUACAAGAACUUGAGAGCCGUAAAUAUGAGAUGAGUGAUCUGCAGUCACGACUGGAAAGUACCGAACAGCGCUUGCUUACUUUACAACAAGAUUUCAUCAACGCUGAUUCUGAACGAGAUUCACUGGCAGACGCUUUGCGGCGAUUCCAGGCCUCUGCCAGUCGCGUCAUUAACAUCAGUCGCUUCCGCCACGACAUCAUCGAGGGCGGCGCCGGAGGAGAGCCGCGUGACGGACGUGAGGUGGAUAUUCCUAGAGGUACUGGAGAUGCUCUCGAGGAUGUACAGUAUCCACGCUCCGUGCCGUUCCCCGUCGGCAUCGAUUACACUGGCACCCACGUGGGCGCAGGCGGUCGCGUAGCCACAACCUUGAAUGGAACGACUACUGUCAAUAUCAACGACACCGUCAACGUUUCUCAGCUCGAAGACACGCUCCACCAACUUGUUGGAAGAAUCGAGAAACUGGAGCUUGAAAGAAACGAGCUUCGCGACACAUUGAAUCGUCUGCGCAAAAAGACGAGCGAAUCGCAUACGACAAUCAAUAAGCAUGAGACCAGAUACAAGACCAUUGAGGACAAUCUGAACGACAUCGAAGAAGAUAAGCGUGCAUUGGAAGCCCGAUUGGCGUCUGCCAAGCAGCUUCUUCGCUCCCAGGAAGAAGCGCUCAAACAGCGCGAUGAGGAGCGUCGACAGAUGAAGUCGAAAAUGGUGGCCGCCGAACUGCAGGCGAGGGGCAAAGAGGCACAGCUAAGACAUCUUAACGAACAACUCAAGAAUCUGCGCACUGAUCUGGAAAAUGCUCAUGCUGACAUCCGUGCUUUGCGAGACAGAGAAGAAAGCUGGGAUGCUAACCGCUUCCAGCUUGAGAGCAAGCUGAGGGAGCACGACAGUCACACGCAGAAGCUCCAGAUUCAAAUCACAUCAUUCGAGAGCGAGCGACAGACUCUGACGGAGAAGAUCAAAGAGCUUGACGGAGCCCUUCGACUAAGCGAAAAUAAGGUACAAGAUAUGAAAGAUGAUGCCGACAAACUCAAGAGGGAUCUGGCCAAGGCCGAAUCAUACGAGCUUGAGUUGCGCAAGUUUACCGAAACACAGAGCAAGAGCAGCAACGAGAUGCAAAUCCUCAAAGAACAACUACUUAACGCGCAGAACGACUUGAGCUCGACGAACUCGCGCAAGUCUCAACUCGAGUCCGAGCUUUUGAACGUCCGCAGUGAACUGCGCGACUACAAGCAGCGUGUGCAUGAUGUCAAUGCCCGUGUCUCGGAGCUACAACGUCAGCUCCAGGAUGCGAAUUCCGAGAAGAAUCGCCUUGAAGAUAGAAUCAUUACCAUGGAGAAGAAUCUCAGUCAACAACGUACAGCAGAAAAUGAACUUCGUCAACAGCUGGAUUCAGCUAAGAACGACAAGAGAUCCGCGGUAAAGGAGCUGGAAGAGCUGAAACGCCGAAUUAUGCAACUCGAAAAUGACAGGCGUGCCAACUCACAACUUGUGGAUAGCUGGAAGAAGGAGAAAUAUAUGCUCCAGAAGAAGAUUGAAAUGUUGGAAUCUGAGAAGCGCAGAACAGAGUCAGCAAUUCGGGAAACCGCCUUGCAACGUGAAGCCAUUGAGAAAUCCCUUAAUGCUAUGGAACGCGAAAACAAGGAACUGUACAAGAAUUGCGCCCAACUUCAGCAACAGAUCGCUCAACUUGAAAUGGAGAAUGGUAAUCGCAUCCUGGAACUAACUAACAAGCAACGUGAAGAACAAGAACGACAACUGCAACGCAUGAGACAAGAGAAGGGACAGAUUGAAAAGGUUAUUGAGAAUCGGGAACGCACACACAGGAACCGUAUCAAGCAGCUUGAGGAUCAGAUUGCCAUUCUUCGUGAUCAACUCGACGGAGAACGCAGACGACGCAGAGAUUUUGUUGACCGUUCCUUAGUAAAUGACAUUGGUCGCCUCGGAGGCACAGUACUCGGUAUCAGAAGCUACGGUGACAGUAACUUGGACUCAAUUCUUCAUGGAGGAAGCCGCUCAGUUGGAUUCAUACCACGUUCGACGUUCGCAUCAAAUCCGCUGACGCCACCGCUUGGUACUUCGACUCCGACUCACAGCAGAACGCUUGUCGACUAUCGCGAAUCAUCAUCCACAACCUACAACCGUCGUGCAGAUGACACUGGUUCGGUCUACGGCGGAUCGGUACGCGACCGUGACUCGGUCUAUGGUGGGGUCGGAAGUGGCGGUCGUGACAGCGUAUACGGCGGAGGACGAGACAAUUCGUUUGGACGCGAUUCCGUUCGCGAGAAGGAUCCGUCCGUUGUAGACAUACCGCUGAAUCGUGGUGAUAGUUCGAUGCAAUCAUCCGUACAUUCCUCCCACCAGGGAUCCAAAUACGAUACGCUUGCACCCAACCGGGAUGACCUGUAA